UAAUGUAGGUUUUCUUUUUCAAUACGUGUUUUCUUUUGAAAAACAUUUACAUCAGAAAUUGUGUCUCCCUUCGACUUUGACGGUUCUUUUUGAACCGAAUCAAGGCUCCACUUGAACCACAUGCUGCAGUGAGGUCGGAGUCAUGGUGGUGAAGAAGAAAACACCCAAAGUGGAGGCUCUGGUUUUGGAUGAGCAGAAUCUGCAAACACUGAUAGCAUCUCUCUCUGUGACUGAUGGAGAGGAUGGUGUCAGACAGGUGGCCCACACCUUGCAGUCGUGUCUGGAGCUGACGGAGCCGGUGCAGCAGAUCCAGUUGGUUAAAAAGGCAGGGUCCCAGCUGGAGGCUCUGAGUGAACGACAGACCGACAGUGAUCUUCUUAAAGCCUGUCUACACACCAUGACCCUGGUCUAUACGUCUCUGCUGUCGAAGAACCCACUGCGGCGAGCCGUAGCCAGUGCUCUAGGCUCAGUACCUGCCUGGUUACAGGAACAGGCCGUGGACUGUUUAUGUUCAAAUAUGUCUGAAUGUAUUUCCAGCGUGGACUCAGACAAAUACAUGCAGACUGUAGACACCAUCGCUGCCUGUAUGGAUGGCUUCCCUCUUGGUGAAAGGUGUAUUCACAAGCUGCUGCCUGAAGUGCUGCAGUUCCUCCACAAAGGACUGAGUGAAUGCCUUCAUCUGAACAGAGGCCUCACCGGUCGUCACAUUGCCCAGGCUGAGUUAAUGCACUCGUGUUUGACUGCAGUGAAGACCUCCAUGUUGGUGGUGCAAAGAUCCCAGGAGACCAUCAGUGCCGCCCUGCAGGCCGAACAGAGUCAGUGCAACAUGGAGCAGACCCUGAGCAGCCUCGUGAGCUGUUACAUACAAAUCCUCACUGAUGAGGAGUUCAUCCAGUCGGUCCAGAGCACAGCUGGUAUGGCUGUAGUCCUGUUGAUCCGGUCUGUUAUGGGCUCAGGGAACCAGGUUGCUUCAGUGGUUUGCAGUUUGCUGCAGAGCUCAGUCCAGAGUUUGGACCCCGCCCCACAGUGGAUCAGAGAGCAAUGUGUCAGUCUUUGUGCUGAUGAUCGCCCCCUGGCUGUCUCUCUGUAUCUGUGUCAUGGAGCUCUGGCCAUGCUGAGUUGGAAGAGUGCUCUGCCUGGACCAGAGUGGGAGCGACUGCUGCUGUUGAUCCCAAAGGUUCUACUGGACCUGGAUGUCAGUGUGAAGGAGUCCAGUACAGCCUUGGUGUUGGCCCGAGUUCUGACCCUGUGGAGCGGUGCUGCUCUGGAUUGUCUGCACGGGGAGAUGCCGCCCGGUCCUCCUCACCUCCAGCAGGCGUUCAGAGGAGGCUCUGAGCUGCAGCAGCAGCUCCUGGAGCACGUCUACUCCCACUGGGAGCAUCCGCUGGACGCAGUGCGUCACCAGACCUGCUCCCUGUUCCACAACCUCCUCCUCCUCCAUCAGCACACCCAGCCGUCCAUUUCUGACCCAACCAAAGAUUCCUACAUCACAGAGCUCACACAAAGCCUGCUGGGACUGGAAUGGCACAUGAGGGGGAAGUACGGCUCCCUGGGCUGCCUGGUGGAUUUGUAUGGAGCAGGAUAUCUGCUCCACCUCCAGCCUCAGCUCCCGUCACGUCUUCUCACCCUGAUGGGUGACCAGUCUUUGGCUCCGUAUGCUGCCAACCUGCUGGAGAAGCUGUUUGUGAGUCACAAAGUCCAGCUGGCCACUGACUGUGCAGCAGCAGGAACCACAGACGCCUGGAUGGAGCUGUGGCACCGGACGUGGGUCACACCGCUGCUGCAGGUGCUGUGCAGCUCCAGACUGGAUCAAACCACCUACAUCCUGGACUACUUUCUACCUAAACUGCUCCGCUGCAGCCCGUCCAGUCUGGCCCACAUGGUCCAGGCUUUACAGCAGACUCCUCCUAGUGGCAGAGGUUCAUCAGGCAGCAGGGGUCCACUGGGGGCCCUGAUGACGUGCCUGCGGGCAGCCAGGGCCCAGGGUGCCGUUCCGUCCUCUGACCUGGGUCUGUGGGGGGGCCUGGUGCCCCUCUCCCUCCUCCAACAGGCACUUUUACACAAACACGAUCAGGUGAGAAUGGACGCCUUGGGUUUGGUUUGUGAGAGCCAUCGGAGCACGGAGGUUCUGACUCCACAGGAAAUGGACCUGAUUCGUCAUUUCCUCAUUCCAAACCUCAACAGCCAAUCGCCAGGUGUCAGACAGCAGACGGUCAGCCUGCUGAAAAAGCUGCUGAGCAGGAUGAAGGACAGUUCUCAGACACUGCAGAAGAGACUGAGUCAGGUGAAAGUUCCGGAGCAGAGGGACAGAGACCAGCAGUCUCUGCUGCAGUACAAGGACUUCCUGCACUGGCUGUGUGUGAGUCUGCUGGAGGUUCUUCUUCCUGGGGCGUCCUUCUCCAAAUGUCUCAUGUCUCUGCACCUGCUCUGCCUCCUGGGACACUUCUUCACCUUCAGCACAGGGCCUGAUGUCUUUUCCGUGGGUGAGGUCGUGACCCCUGCACAUGCUGAGAAUGUCCUCUACUGUGUAGGCAGCAACUUCCUGGAGGUCAAACAGUUGGCAACCACACUGCUGCAGCAGCUCCCUCCAUCAGCUGUGAAGCUGCAGGAGGCAGAGAGGAUGUGCCGUGUCCUCCAGGCUGCUCUGGACCUCAGCACCAGCACCAAACCUUAUGACAGCGUCACAGCUGCUCCCCUGCGGACCCUGCUGCUGCAGCAGCCUCACCUGAGCCGGGCUCUGCUGCACUGCGCCCAGCAGCAAGGCAUCGAUUUCCAGCCUUCCGCAGAAGCUGCGGCUCCUGAGGAGCUCGUCAGAGAACUGAACGCUCUGGCUGUGAUUGGUUUCCUGCUGCGUUGUCUGCAGUCAGAGGCGAUGAAAGCUGAGUCGUCCCUUCUACAGGCCGCCGCCUCCUUCCCUCUGUACGGCAGAGCUCACUGCAUCACAGCUGUCCUGCAGCAGCUCAACACUGAGAGCCUGACUCAGACGGUGCAGUGGAGGAGGCUGGUGUCAGAACUCAUCUCUGUGUGCUACAGGAUGUCUGACGUGGUUUCUCCUGUGGUCCAGAGUUCUUCCCCAGAAGGUCUCAUCCCCAUGGACACUGACGCAGAGACGUCGUCAGGUCUGCAGCAGAUCCUGCAGGAGAUCCAGCCCAGAGACACAAACGACUUCUUCACUGAUGCCAGAGAGCUGGAGGACGACGACGACCAGCGGCAGAAAACACACACGGCGUCACUGGACACAGGUGGUGAGGGCUACAGAGUGACCGCCCAGAUGGUUCUGGUCUGCUGCUGGCGGAGCAUGAAGGAAGUGUCCAUGCUGCUGGGGCAGCUGUGUCAGAGUCUGCCCCUGGUCUGCAGCACCGAGGAGGAGACCAGACGUCCUGGACUCAUCAGUGAGGAGCAGGUGGAGGGUGUCGGCCUGUAUUUCCGCCAGCAGCUCCUUCAGUCCCGUCAUCGCGGCGCCUUCGAACUGGCCUACGUUGGCUUCGUCCGCCUCACUGACAUGCUGUGCAGGAGUGGGAGUGAGGCCCUGCAGCAGCUCCCGGCCCGUUGGCUGUCUGAGGUCCUGGAGGAGGUCAGAGUCAGCGAUCCAUCGUCCAAGCUGUGUGCCACACGACGCAGUGCUGGAAUACCCUUCUACAUACAGGCUCUGCUGUCCUCGGAGCCCAAGUCGUCCAGCUGCAGUUUACUGAAGAUGACCAUGAGGCAGCUGAUCAGCCUGGCCAUGCCGUCUGCUGACAGGAGCUCUGAAGGUUCCACUGUCCCUCAGGUCCACGCUCUCAACAUCCUCAGGGCUCUCUUCAGAGACACCCGUCUGGGAGAAAACAUCAUUCCCUUUGUCUCAGAUGGGAUGCAGGCGGCUGUGCUGGGAUUCACCUCUGCUGUCUGGGCAGUUAGAAACUCCUCCACUCUGCUCUUCAGCACCUUAAUCACCAGAAUCUUUGGAGUGAAGAAGGGGAAGGACGAGCACUCCAAAAAGAACAGGAUGACAGGACGAGAGUUCUUCACGCGGUUCCCGGCUCUCUACCCGUUUCUGCUGCAGCAGCUGGAGGAGACGGCGUCCACGGUGGAGAGUGACAGCGGUCAUGUGACCCUUCACCCCAGUCUGUUCCUGCUGCUGCUGGUCCUCAGUCGACUCUACCCCUCUCCCAUGGACGGCUCCUCGUCUCCUCUGGGACUGGCUCCGUUUACACCCUUCAUCAUCAGGUGUGGGCGCUCUGCAGUUUAUCGCACCAGAGAAAUGGCGGCUCGAGCUCUGGUCCCGUUUGUGCUGCUGACCCAGGUGCCGUCCACGGUCCAGUCCUUACUGCUGGAGCUUCCUCUAGAGCCAGGACACAGAGUCCAACAGAACUCCAUCCACGGGGCCCUGCUGCAGGUUCUGUUUCUCCUGCGGACCUAUCAGAGCGACUCACACAGACCCCUGCCAGCAGGAAAUGACAUCGUCCAAACCCUCAGUCAGCGCAUGUGGCUCGCAUCACGACUGAAUCCCUGCGCUGUGACCAGAGGAGCUUUUCUGGACGUGUUGGUUUGUCUGUGUGGAACAAAGACCACUCUGCUGACCGAUUCCGAGCUCUGUGAGCUCCGUCAGAACACUCUGUCCAUCUUGAUGGACUCGGAGCUGCUGACCUCUGACCCCUCCUCCAUCGGCCGUGGUCCUAGCAGCGUCCACUACCUUCUCAGCCUCACACAGGUGGCUCUCAGCGCCACCGUGGACAUCCCAGAGCUCUGGACGGUCCCUCGGCCGACGGACCAGAUCCUCAGGUGUCUGCUGCGCUUCCCCCACUACGAGGUCAGAGAACUGGUUCUCCAGGGUCUCCUGAGGAGGCUGCAGGAGCAGGAGGAGGAGGAGCAGGAGGAUAGACCUCAGUGGCUGGACGAGACCACCAUGUCUGAUCUCACCGGCCUGGGUCUUCAUGAGACACACCCGCAGUGUCUGGCCAAGGUCCUUCAGGUGCUGAGUGCGUUGACCUCUAGUGGUGAACUGAGGUGGAAGGACGGUUCUCAGGUUCUGUCCCAGCAGCAGGUUCUCAGGCAUCUCCUCACUGUGGCCCAGAACUCCAUCUACAGUGUGGAGCUCCACUGUGCCGCCCUGACCCUGGCCUCUCAGCUGGUGGUUCAGUGGGUCAACACCGACCCAGAGGGUGCAAGUGAAAUGUCCUGCUUAGCUCAGUGGGUGGCGCUGUUGUCCUCGUGCUGCAGUGAAGACCAGCCGGUGGAGGUGAAGCUCACGGCCGCCGAGGUCUUGGUCCACAGCACAGAAGCCCUGCUGACCAGCCCCCACCUUCCACUGGGUCUGUCCGCUACAGUCUCUCUGUGGUGGAGUGUGUUUGUGUUGCUCCAGGAUGAAGACCAGGAGGUUCGAGACUCGGCCUCGGAUUUUAUCACCAGUGUACCAGCGCCUCUGCUGAGUGUGUCCGGUCUCUCCGUGUGUCCGUCCGUGGCCCUGGACCUGGGUCUGGAGCUCCUGUGUGGUCUUCUUCAGUCCUGGGGACAGGUUCCUGCUGGAGUCCUGGCUCUGACAGAGUGGCUGCUGGGAGAUGAGGAGAGCGGCGAGGAGGGGGACGCAGAUGACCCCCCCGCCCUGACUGAAGAAGACUUCCUGUUUGAGAAGGGUGAUCUGAACCUGUGGGCCGAGCCCCUCCAGUGGGUCAGGCUUCUCCACAGGAACCUCUGUUCCCUCAUCCAGAACUCCAGGAAAACUGAGGCUCCCGGAGCAGGAGACCUGAACCUGGAGCUGGACCUGGACCACUUCCAGACCCUGCUGACCCAGGCCAGGACUAAGACCCUGAUUUGCCAACGUGCUCUGGACUCCCUCCCUGCUCUGCCCCAGUUCUCCUGCACCAUGGAGCACGCCCGGCUGACGCUGCAGCAGAGCAGGUCCAGACUGGCCCAGGAGGUUCUGGAGCAGCUCAGGUAGAGGACUCCGCCACAGGUGGUCCUAAGAGGUGGAUCUUUGGAACAUUUCAGACAGGUCACAUGGUUUUUAGACUCUUUCAAACGUCAAUAAAACAGAAAAUGUUUUAUUUUUAACGCCCUUUAAAUAAAUAAUCACUUUUCAAUAAAUCAAAGAAUUUUACAGAAUAAUUAUGUGCAACAGUGUUUCUUAAAGGGGGGGGUCAUCACUCAGAAACAGAUCAUGGCACUGAACCGACCCGUACUGUACCGUACCGUCUCUGAGCCCUAAGAGGAAAGGGUGACUAAAUAAAUUAGCUGUGUGUACUGUCACAGCUGGUCCCUCCUCGUCUUCCUGUCACUGGUAGCCAUGUUCCCUGUUACAGUAAAAUUGACAUCAUGUUUCGGAACAGUUACCCCCCC